AUGUAUUCCAUGGUACUUAAAAAAAAAACAAAAUAUAAUUUUACCAAUUUUAUGAGCGUUUAUUUUUCUACUUUAAUUAAUCGCGAACAAAAUAAUAAAAUCACUGGAAAUGUAAUUAAGUUCGAUAAAAGAAAAGGAUACGGAUUUAUAAAACCCAACGACGGAGGACCUGAUGUGUUUGUUCAUUACACAGAAAUUUGCCAGAAUAGAAGUUUUUUAGUAACAAAUGAAGAAAAAAAAAAAUUGGAAUGGAAUUCUAAUAUAAAUUUAAUAAAUAAAAAAGACAAAUUUAAUUAUGAACAUGAUAACCCAAAAAAAAAAGAAAUCCAAAAUGAAUUUAAAUAUUUAAUACCUGGGGAAAGAGUUAAGUUUCAAGUUAUUUAUGACCGAACUAACCAUUCAAGCAAAGCAAUAAAUGUUGAAUUUAUUGAUUAA